AUGUCAAACGCAGCAGGAGCGUGGCCAUGGCCGCCAGACAAUGCCCUUCGAAGACCUGCGAGCAGGCGAAUCUCCACUCCUGUCUCUGGACGCCUCGAUCGAAUCACCGAAAGCACCACACCGACCACUCCGACUGCUCCACCCAUACCGCAGAAGUCUGUCCUCCGGAACAGCGAUACAAACUCAGACUUCCCUACACUGUCGGCAGCAGAGACGGUCGAAUUUCCCCAGCCAGGAUAUCGUUAUGCGUACAAGAACAGCACCGAUACUUCCGCAUCAGGAACACCAAGAACUGCCCCGCCUGCAUACGAAUGGGUACCAGAACCUAUGCUGGUAGACGAAGAUCAUAAGGGCCCGGUCGAGGGCGAGAAGCUGGCUGCGUUCAGACGCUCAGGAGGACACAAGCGACAGCCUAGGGGUGGCUGGAAACGACUAGCUCUUGUCGCCUUGGCAGCUCUACUUUUGCUGGGCUUGGUGUUGGGGCUGGCAUUGGGCUUGACUGUAGGCAAGCCGAAAAGCAAUACAGUUGCCCCUACGCCUGCCCAGCCAGCAGAUCAACAGCCGUUCCCGAUAGGCUCAUACAACAUGGUGACUGCACUGAAGACAGUCACCACGAAUUGCACAUCCAACCCGGAGACCUUUAACUGUUACCCCUACAACGUAUAUAACUCCGCCGACUCUUCGUCGUUCUCGACGAGUUUAACGACUUUCGGCUGGACUAUUACAAACACUUCUUCAACUUACGCCACGAUUGGAACAGCAUCCACACCAGAUGAAGGCGUACCAGCGAACCUGACUAUCAGCUCCAGCGGCAGCCCGUUUACUGUCAACUUCACAGACAAAGCACUCACUUAUAUCUCUCCUUCCUCCAACACCAGCUCAGCACGAUACACUUUCAGCUUCGAGAUGGAGAAAGCCUUCAACCCUCCAGUUUCCUUAACCAGCGACAACACUGCAACCCAGUGCUUCUUCAACCAGACUACCUUUACAGGAACCCUUUAUCUUUCCGCGGCACGAACCUUACCUGCAGAUCAGGACUCUUCGACAGCCAGCAAUGGCAAACAGUGGCCAUACGCCGUGGACAUCACUUCCAGCAGUGCCGGAGGUCAGGAUACACCGGCAUGCUAUGAAUACCAGAACGGAGCUCUUGGAGCUCGAAUCACGACAGGAUUGACGCCUCAGCCAACAGGUUCGGAAUGUCUUUGCGAGUAUCAGAAUUCUUGA